AAUUGCAAUUUAUUUUUUAAUGAAUCUGCAAAAUUGAGUAGUGAUUUGGAAAUUGCCGAAAAAGAAAAACUGAAACUUAAACUCGAACUUGAUAGCGCUGUAAAUACAGUUAAACAGUUACGAGAUGAAAUCAGGCCAGCUAUCAAUUUAAGGAGCGAUCUGGAAAGACGCUUUGAAGAGUCCAGAUAUCGACUGAAAUGUGCUCUUGCAAAUAUACACGAAUAUGAGGAAGAAAUUUCGAUGCUGAAAAGUCAAGAAUGCGGACUGAAAGCACGAAUAAAGGAAUUGGAGGAUAUAGAAUUGCAGUAUCAACGUGAUCGCGAAUACACAACUCAACUCGAAUCUCAGUUCGCUUCGCAAGUUCAGAUUAUCGAUGUUCUUAAACAAAAGGCAAUUCAGGGUCCUUUUUUUGUUCAAAUUAACAUUUAUGCCACAAUUUUUUUUUCACUUUUUCACAACUGCAAUAAAUUAAAUUUUAGUAUAUAA